UCAGAAGUUACCGAGGAUGAUUGGAUGGUUUGGGAUGUUAUAAAUUCUCGCGGACAGGUUUUUGUUGAUGAAAUUAAAAUCCAUGAAUUGAUUCAAGAAAUAUUACCUGAUACUUCAUGGGAAAUAUUUCAAGAUAUCUUACUCAAUUUGUACGAAGUUGGAUUAGUAAGAAAACGGCAAACUCAUGAUGAAAGAUACAUGUAUCAAGCACGUUCUAAAGAAACAGCAACAAAACUUCAAGCUCUCGAAAACCAUGAAUUCGAGAUUUACGAACUUAUUGAGAAUUCAGAACGCAAAGGUAUCUCGAAGACUGAUAUCCAAAAACAAAUAAAAUUAGUACAGUCUUUAGUUGAAAGUAGCUUAAAGAACAUGCAAGAACAGAAGUUAAUUAAAGAAGUUAAACCAAAGACUAAGAAGCUAUAUAUGUUAUUUGAUAUUAAACCUCAUGAUGAAUCACUAAGUAGAUUACUAUAUACCAAUGGAGAACCGGAUACAUUUGUCGUGGAAUCUUUAAAAUCAAUAUGUUAUAACUUUAUUUAUCGCAGAAGUUUUCCAAGGGGAAUGGAUGAAGAUGCAAUCUUUUAUCCAAACUAUAACGGUUACGUAACUUUAUCAAAGGUUGUACAAUGUGUACAAGAAACAAAAGUUACAGAAAUAGAAAUUGAAGAAGCUGAUAUAAAACAAAUUCUUGAUGUACUUAUAUUUGAAGGAAAAAUCAUAAAAAAAUUUAUUAGUAAUGUAGAUCCAAAUUCAAUGAAAACUGAUGAUAAUCGUUCUGAUUCUCAAUUUGUUUAUAUAGCCAAAAGGGCUAGAAAUAUAAAUAAUGCUUGGACUCAAGCUCCAUGUGGAAGAUGUCCAUUUUUUGAAAACGAAUGUACGGAAAAUGGCGAAAUUUCUCCAUCGACUUGUAUAUUUUUCCCUCAAUGGCUUAAUAAGGCGAUUAAUAUGAUACAAAAUGAUGAAGAAAAUGAGAAAGGAAAAGACACUCUUGAUUGGUGAAAUACCAAGAUAAGAGUAAAAAAAUUUAUUAUUAAAGACAGUUGAAAUCGAGUUCUGAUUUAAUGAAAUAGAUGUUCAAUAAAUAUAUAAUAAAUAAUAUAAUUUUUUUUUUCUUUUUUGUUUAUUUAUACAAAAGUUU